GGUGUCAAUCCCUCGUUUAUCUUGAUAUCGACAAUCAGUCAUGCUUUUCAAGGCUGUUGCUGCUUUGGCCGCUUUGGUCAUGAGCGCGUCUGCACAAACAACAACCAUCUCGUAUGCGACUACAAUGAACACACGAUGCAUGUGACUGGAUCUGACCCUAACGUAGUCCUGAUGUUCGGAAUUCGGUCGUGAUGGCACUCGCGACCGCGUUGCCCGCAGACUCUAUCAGCUAUGCGCUCGCAUCUUCUGACGCAUUCGCAUCGGCGAUUGGUUCUUCACUUUCUGCUGGCAAUACACCUGCGUGGUACGAGGCUCUACCUUCCGACGUGAAGAGUAUCCUACCUGCCAUGUACCCCGUAGCUGCUGUCGAGAACAACACGCUCUCUUAUACGCCAUCCUCAAGCGCCACGCCAUCCUCAAGCGCCAUGCCGACUGGCCACAACAGCACUGCUUCGCGUUCCAGCAGUGCACUGCCGACGAAUACACAGCCGACGAGUGCACAAUUUACAGGCGGCGCAUCACACCCUAGUGCUGCGAUCGGUGCUGGUAUAGCUGGAGUCAUCGGUUUCCUCGUUGUUGUCGCUCUUUGAACGAGAGCUCAACGCGCAUAGUUACGUGUUUCAACGGGGAGGAAACAUCUUCAACAACGGCGCGACGGUUCUGGCCGUUCAUUCACGACGCGACGUUAUUCUUUUUUGUGGGGGACUUCGCUUUAUACCCUCCCUUCGGUGGGCUUUGAUGAUUGACUUUGACGAUUGGAUUUGAUGGAUUUGAUGGAUUU